GCAUACACGCGGGCUUACUAAGUACGAGCCAUUUUUAAAUAAUAUGGCUACGAAGUCAGCUUGUUAAUUUAGGUAUACGUUUUUUUAAAACUUCUGAGAGUGAUUUGCAAUUCAAUGUUCUGAAUAAAAAAUACUACGUUGGUUGUUUGGAAUUAUUUUUCUCACUUGUGGAUAUUUCGCAAACUGGUCAGAUCUCAAUAUAAAUCCUUAUUCUUACUGGUAAAGACUCACAAAUUAUUUUUACAAGAUGAACAAAAAAUGCAUUGAUGUUGAUGUCAUUCUACUUGAUUCAUCGACGAGGUGCUUUCAUCUUCCGCCUCGUUCUCCUGGACAUGAAUUGUACACAAUGGUUGUUGAGCAUCUUCAGCUGGUCGAAUAUGAUUACUUUGAUUUGGAAUAUAUUAACAAAGAUGGUCUCCACUGUUGGUUAGAUCAUUCAAAAGCAAUAAAUAAACAAAUAAAUAUUUCCAAAAGAUUUCUUUAUUCUUUCGUUGUCAAGUUUUAUACCCCUCAUCCAAAUUUAUUAGAAGAUGAAUUGACCAGAUAUCUAUUCGCCUUACAAAUCAAAAUUGAUUUACGUUCUGGUCGAUUGCAAUGUAGUGAAAGCACUGCUGCUCUUCUAGCAGCAUUCAUUGUACAAGCGAAAAUUGGUGAUUUUCUGGAAGAUCUUUAUCAAGAUCAUUCAUAUUUAUUUGGUUUACAUUUGCUCAAUCAACCUAGCGAUGAAAUGUUAAAAAAAAUUGCUGAGUGCCAUCGUAAUCUAAUAGGUCAAUCACCUGCUGAAGCAGAUUAUAAUUUAUUGGAUACUGUAAGAAAAAUUGAACUCUAUGGGAUAAGAAUAAAUCCAGCUAAAGAUAAAAAUGGACUAAAUGUGAAUAUAGCUGUAACUCAUUCAGGGAUAUGUGUUUAUCAAGGCGGUGUUCGAACUAAUCUAUUUUCAUGGGCAAGAAUAAGAAAAUUAAGUUUUAAACGUAAAAACUUUUUUAUCAAAAUACAUCCUGAAGGUUAUGAUGCUAUCGGAUUUUCAUUCGGUACGCGAAAUGAAUGUAAAAGCUUCUGGAAACAAUGCAUUGAGCACCAUGCAUUUUUUCGUUGUCAAGCUGUUAGAAAUGUUGGGCGAAAAAAUCGCGUCGUUUCAAAAGGCUCUUCAUUUAGAUAUAUCGGUAGAACGCAAAAACAAUUAACAGAUUUCAUCCGGGAAAACUAUAUAAAAAUGCCUAACUUUGAGCGUUCAUCAUCUACCAGUCGUGUUUUAAAUACUGAAACAUCAGCAAUAUUACUUAGUAGUUUAAAAUUACAAAAUAAUGCAGUAGGAAAUUGUCAUGAUAAUCAAGGCAAUCCAACAGUACAUUCUGAUUUUGGUCCUUCUAUACGAUCCGAUAGAGAGGAUGUUGUACUUCACAACCGACCACAGACAGAUCCUUCGCAGAGACUUCAUUUAACAAGUAAUCUAUUAUCAUCAGAUUUAUCUAAUGCUGUUGCUACCCCUAUUAGUGGUCAAUCAAAUUCUGUCGGUUCUGUUGGAUCAUAUCAAAUAAUUCCACAAAAUAUUCAAAUCUUAAAGCAAAGAAGAAGUGGUUCAGCAGCAGGUCAGAUAAUUAUAGCUGGUAUUGAUCCGCAUGCUCAUUUAUUUUCGACAGUAGGAACAGCUAGCUCUGGAACAUAUACUAUAAACAGCUCUGUUUCUGUUGGAACACCUACAGGCUCCGCUAGCCCAACAGGCAGUCCUCAUCUUGAAGAUAAACCAGCUACACCAGUCACUAGCUCUGAUUAUACUUCACAAAUUGUUUGGCCAAAUAAACUCAGUCUUCGUCCUUUAUCCGUAUCAAAUUUAGCACUUCCUAGGCCUUCAUCAGCCCCACAAUCUGGUUGGCGUGCUUCAUUGCCUCGACAUGUAAUGCAAAAUGCAUCGGGCAUACUAAUUGCUCAACCCAAUGUAACACCUACUGGUUCAAUGAACGUUGCAAUCAUUGGCACAGAUCCAAAUUCAUCAGCCCAUACUUCCCUUUUACUUUCAUCUAAAAAUCAAUUUACACCUAAUCAAAUUAAUCCAUCUCAGGCAAAUAAUUUACAAAUCGGUACAACAGUAACAAUACCAAAUGUAGUCAUGGCAAACAAUACAAUUUUGCCUUCCAGUUUAACAUCGAUAAGAGCUAUUUGUAUGCCAAUGCAACAUCAAUCUGUUCAACUCGGUCAAAUUACAUCUGGUAGUGGUAAUAACACUGUACCAUCACAAUUAAAACUACCGCCUGGUUGUGCAUUUCUAACAGGAUCUGGUCAAACUCCAAAUAUUACCGGUCGUAUUAUUUAUGUAGAUCGAGCUACCGGACAAUCUUACAUACCGGUGCUUACAAAUGCCUCAGGUAAUUUAAACCAAGUGACGUUAGGGAAUCAUAUACCUUUAGCGAUCAGGCAACCACAAUUUGCUCAAGUUGCCUCACCUUCAACACAUAUGACAUCACCAACACCACUCCAACAACAACAAGCUCAACCCAACUAUGCCGGAACUGAUGAAACUAUAUGUAGUCAGUCUGAUAACCAGAUUACAGCACAAAUUUCUACUGUUCAAAGCAAUCCAAGUUCUAUACCACCUGAUGUGACUAGAAAUAUUCGAACGAUCGGUCGACGACCUGGACCUCCACCACCAGCACCUGAACGUAGAGACAGUAUUCUACAAAAAAAUGUAGAAACAAUAAAUCAAAGUUAUAUCACUGAACCCACAUCAUUGCCUCCACAAAUUCAACCAGAAAAAAAUUCGUUAUUAUCAUCUGUAAUAAGAGAUCAAUCUGAUUCACAAGGUGAAGAAGAAACUUCAGAUUCCCCUCAAAACUCACAAAAUUUAAAAGAACAAUCACAUCCUUUAGCUAUGGGAAUAAUAACUGGACCUAGUAGUCUUCAUUUAGCUUCAUGUUUAAGUUUAGCAGCUCGUGAAAGAAGUGCAUUAAGCAUAGCAAACCUAUGCGUUGAUAGAGAUGGUUCAGAUUUUGAUAAAGUAAGUGAUACUGAUCAAAAUGAACUAGGUUCAAUUCAUCAAUAUCCGUGCAUAAAUUCACUACAUCGACCUCGUCUACUUACAUCAGUCAGUGCUCGUGUAUCAGACGCAGAUAUUACAGAUGACGAUCACCAUUCCAUAUGUAGCCAACGAAGUAGUACUGCACGUUCUGUAUCAAAUAUUUGUCGUCAUGGUCACAGACAUCAUCAUCGUCGUCAUAGUCAUAAUCAUAAUAAUCGUCAAAAUCGUCCUCGUUGUUUUUCAGCGAUAGAUCCUUACAUGAUCUAUAAUCAAAAUGGUGACGAAUCAGACAGUCAAAAUUAUGUCAAUAAUAAACAUGACUCUUAUCAAGCAGGUGAUCAAGUCAAUCCUCAUGGUGUACACUCAAAACCACAGACAUUUCGUCGACUUUCAAAGCAUCAUUUGGAUGAGGCCUAUCAUUUAGUUCGUGAAUUAGUUAUGACUGAACGUACCUACAAAAGAAAUCUAAGUGUGAUUUGUACACAUUUUAAAGAUAUUGGUAAAGAUUUACUAUGUUCAAAUUUCAAUAUUAAUCCUCAACUAUUACAAGAAUUAACAUCCAAUUUAGUUGAUCUUCUUAAUCCAAUUUAUACAGAACAUUGUAUAAUAUUAAAUAAUUUUGAAAAUCGUCUUUCAAAUUGGUCAUCACAACAAAAUGAUCAUAAUAAACAAUCUACUGGUUUAGAUUCACUAAAUUUAAAUUCUCAAUCAAUAAAUUCAUCAACUGGUUAUCGUAUUGGUGAUUUAUUUGUUGCAAGUUUACAUAUUUUACCGCUCUAUCAUUGUUAUUUAAUGAAUGCGGGAAAUAUUAUGCUUGAUAUCGAAAAAUUAACAAGAAUUAGACCGGAAAUCGAACAAUUAUUAAGAAAUUUUGAAGCACAAAAAUAUUGUUAUCUACCAUUCUAUGUAUUUUUAUUAAAACCAAUGCAUCGGUUGUUACAAUAUCGUGUAUUACUUGAACGAUUAAUGCGUUACUAUGGUGAGAUUCAUCCAGAUUUAUCCGAUUGUAGAAUUGCACAUGCCAAAUUAAAUGAUCUUAUUCAAUCACAAUGGGAAUCCUACAAAAAGAUGGAAAAUACUUAUAAAUUACUAGAAAUUCAACGUGAUCUAAUUGGAUUUAAUCCAGACAUUAUUUCCUCAUCAGAUUUAUCUCAGUAUUCACAUUUACAAAAUGAAAGAAAUAAUUGUAAUAAUAACAAUAAUAAUGAUAAUAAACAAACCCAUAAUUCAACAUCAACACUAACAGUCUGUGGUUCACAUUCACUAGGACCAAUUUAUCAUCCUAAUAGACAAUUUAUUCGUGAAGGUUGGCUUCAGAAAUUGUCGAAAAAAGGCUAUCAACCAAGAAUGUUUUUUCUGUUAUCUGAUCAAUUAAUUUAUGCUAGUCGAACAAUGACAUCUUAUCUACAAUUCAAAGUCCACGGUCAAUUCUCAUUACAAGAUUUAAUGGUUGAAGAAGUGGAACCUGCACAUAGCUUCACCAUUUAUUCAGGUAACCGAUGUUUUCUUGUAGCUGCUUCAUCAGAUUGGCAACGUGAUCGAUGGCUUGAAGAUAUAUCAAGAGCUAUUUUAGCAGCUAAAACUAGACCAUCAUCGUCGACAUCAAUUAUGAAUGAAUCAAUCAUGAAUAAUAUGGAGAAUAAUACUGGAACUUCCAUGAAAACAUUAAAUUGUAACACUUUUGAAACUGACUCCACACAAAUGUUACAACGAGCUGUAACAAGUGUUCAUGUCUGUUGGCAUAGAUGUUUCACACUUUCAAUGCAAGACAUACUACGUGCUAAUGAAUACCAAACUAGUGGAUAUCUAUUGAGAAAAUUUAAGAACAGCAACGGCUGGCAACGACUAUGGGUGGUUUUUACUCAAUUAUGUCUUUUCUUUUAUAAAAGUUAUCGUGAUGAAUGUCCAUUGGCUAGUUUACCACUGCUGGGUUAUACCAUAAGUAAACCUGGACCUGAAGAUCAAAUCCGACGAGAUAAUGUGCUCAAAAUGCAAUUCAAAAAUCACGUGUACUUUUUCCGCGGAGAAACACGUCAUUCGUUCGAAAGAUGGGUUGAGUAUCUUAGUUGUGCAGCCGGGGCCAGUAGACCAUCAAACACAUCAUCAACCAUUAAAUAACAAAGCAUUUGGACUUCAACUAAUAAAUUAAUGUAGGCUUAUUCAGUCUUGAAUAACCCGACAGAUCGAAAUGAAAGAAAAACAAAUAUCAUAAUCUCAGUUCUUUUUUUGUGUGUGUAUAUGUAUGUGUGCGUGUUUGUGUACAGAAAAAGAAACGAUGUCUAUGAAGUUAUUUUUUACAAAAUUCAUAAAUUCACAUUAAAAACUUUGGUCUUGUUUUAUUUGAUUUCUAAUAGAAAAAUGAAAACAAAAGAUGAAUUAUAAUCUUAUUUUCUACAAAAAUGCAUAUCUUUUGUAUGUGUUGUUUUGAUCUUGUGACAAGCAGGAUGAACAUUGUUACAUAACUGAGAUGAAUUAUAGUAUGAAGUAAUGGUAAACAUAGUUGGUAACAAUAACUAAUAAUAAG